CCACUCUCACCACCUUUCCCCAUAGGAACCAUCCCAGAAAACCGGACCUAACUCCGAACCAAAAACAAACCCUAAAUGCGUUAAACCCCAAAACACCAAGACAAAAUCCACAGUCACGUUCUUCACUCUCUCGAGUUCAUCAAUGGCGUCACAAAUGGCGAUCCUAUAUCGAACUCGUUCUCUUCUCACGAAAUCCAAAUCAACCAACAUCACAAUCAAAACCAUUUCAACAUUCCCAUUUCUCAAUCAAGAACCCGAACUCGUAGAACCAACACCCACACCAGCGCCUUCAUCUCUUCCACCAAAUCCAGCUUCAGGAAGUCCACUCUACAACGAGAAUUGGCGAAACCCUCUCCCAAAAUCCCCAUCCUCAAACGCAGUAGCCCCUUUUGGGCUCGUCACGCGCCCUUCACUCUCUGAAACCUACGAUUCCCACGCGCUUCUCAACAUUUUCGGUGAUUGGAUAGCUUCGCAACAGUGGCAUGAUGUGAAGGAUUUGUUUGAAGCUUGGGUUAGGUCAUUGGAUAAAAAUGGGAAACCUAAUAAGCCUGAUGUUAAUCUGUUUAAUCAUUAUCUUAGAGCGAAUCUUAUGAUGGGAGCUUCUGCUGCUGAUUUGCUUGAUUUGUUAGCUCAGAUGGAGCAUUUUAAUAUUUCGCAGAAUACAGCUUCGUUUAACUUGGUUCUUAAGGCUAUGCAUCAGGCGGGUGAAACCCUUGCUGCUGAAAAACUUCUCGAACGGAUGCUGCAGUCAGGAAAUGAAGCUCUCCCUGACGCUGAAUCAUUUGACUUGGUCAUCGGAAUGCUCUUUUCAACUGAUCAGAUUGAUGCUGCAUUCAAAUACAUAGAUUUAACUCUGAAACAUGGUAAUGUGUUGUCAAUGAAUUUAUUUAUGAACUGUGUGAGGAGUUGUGUCAAACAGGGAAGACUUGAUACAUUGGUGGCAAUAAUUGAAAAGUGCAGGACAACAGAUCAAAACAAAGCCCUUUGCCCCUCCUGGAACUUGUGUAUUUUUAUUGCUGAAGUUGCAAUUCGAGAGGAUAAUAGCAAGUUAGCCUAUUAUGGCCUGGAGUUUAUGGCCCGAUGGAUUGUUAAGGGGGAACGUGCAAGACCUCCUGUGUUGCUUUCUGUAGACGAAGGUUUAGUCGUGUCAGCUUUGUUGACUGCAGGUAGAACCUAUAAUUCUGAGCUCCUAGGAGCGGCAUGGGCUGUUUUGGACCGCUCAUUGCGUAAAAAGAAGGUACCAAACCCAGAAUCUUAUCUUGGAAAGAUAUAUGCCCUUGCAUCUUUGGGGAAUUUACAAAAGGCAUUUGGUACUCUUCAUGAAUAUGAGUCUUCUUAUGGAGAUUCCAAUCAAGAAGCUGAUGACUUGUUCUGUCCAUUUACUUCUUUACAUCCAUUGGUUGUGGCAUGCUCCAAGAAAGGUUUUGAGACUUUGGAUACUGUUUAUUUUCAACUGGAGAAUUUAAGCCGUGCUGAGCGUCCUUACAAGUCUGUUGCUGCGCUAAACUGCAUCAUUUUAGGAUGUGCCAACAUAUGGGACCUUGAUCGAGCUUACCAAACUUUUGAAUCAAUUGGGUCUGCUUUUGGGCUGACACCUGAUAUUCAUUCAUACAAUGGGCUGAUGUAUGCCUUUGGGAAGCUCAAGAAGACACAUGAAGCUUCAAAGGUGUUUGAGCACCUAGUAAGUUUAGGUGUCAAGCCUAAUGCAAAGUCGUAUACCCUGCUUGUUGAUGCUCACCUGAUUAACCGGGAUGUCAAAUCUGCUCUAGCUGUGAUUGAUGAUAUGACAGCUGCUGGAUUUGAACCUUCAAAAGGAACACUAAAAAAGGUCAGAAGGCGAUGCAUACGAGAGUCUGACUAUGAGAGCGACCAACGAGUAGAGUCACUUGCUCGAUCUUUGAAUUUCCGACUGGGUUCAGAAGUCCGCCGAAACAUGCUGUUUAAUCUUGAUUACAGUAUGGAUAUGGCUUGAGUGGGGUUCACCCGUCUAUGAUGUCAAAACGAAUUAUUUUAUAAGCCGAUCGGUAAUUCUUUUAUUGCGUCCAUUUCCAAGGGAAUCCCUGUAUGUAUAUUUGUGGAUGAUACUGAGGUUUGCCGUGGCCAAAUUGAAUCAAGGAAUUUUCUUUUCCGUGUUAACGUGUUUAUGAAGCUGGAACGGCGUUGAAGAUGGAAUUUGCCCAGUGAACUUCGUGGUAUAAGUUUUAUUUUGAAAUAAUUGUAGGACUGGUCCAAAUUCAGUAGGAUAGAAGAUAUUCAGAUAGCCAUUUUUGUUUCUUGGUUUUUAAUUAUUUUUGGAUUUUUGGCACUUCCUACUUUGACAACCCAGCACUUCUAACGACACUAGAAGCUGCAAGGAUAUGGAAACCUUGUAAAGGAAUUACAUCCUAAUUGUAUGGACCUGUGGUUGUACUAA